GCAGCGUGACUGGCUACGUGUUGGCAAAAUAUUCGACCCCUUCCCUGGUUGCGCAGAGAACACCCCCAUAAUGCUGGAUUACAUAGACUCAUCACGCACUUACCCACCAGCCUUAGAGAAAUUCACAUAUAGAUAUUGAGAGCUCGUUCUACGAUAACUUUUCAUCCAGUGCAUUUGUUUUAGCAGCUGCUGGUUUAGUCAAUCGUUUGAUCUGUUUGGAAAGUGUCUCUUAACGUCAAAUAUUAGUGCCACUAUAGCCGUUCCUCUGGAUCGACGAUUUAAAGUUUCCAGAAAAAUGAUCUAACUUGCACACUAGGAUCUAGCCACAUUUUUCAUAACAGCAGCAAAACUGUGAGGUGGGAAGUUUUUCAACAGAAUCCCUUUUCUAUCAGCCCAAAAACUUGCCCUACUCACCAAUCAACUUUAUAAUAUGUAUCGACAGCAACAACAGCACAACAAUAUAAUGAGUAGCUAUGAGUCUGCAGCAAGAGAGAAACAUGUUGUUCACUGGUUCAGGAAAGGCCUACGUUUGCAUGAUAACCCCAGCUUAAAAGAAGGGUUAAAAGGUAGCUGUACCUAUCGAUGCAUCUUCAUUCUGGACCCCUGGUUUGCUGGAUCUUCCAAUGUGGAUAUCAACAAAUGGAGGUUUCUUCUAGAAUCAUUAGAAGAUUUAGAUCAAAAUCUACGCAAGCUUAACUCUCGUCUUUUUGUCAUCCGAGGACAACCUGCAGGCGUGCUUCCUAAACUUUUUAAGGAAUGGGAAACGACAUGCCUGACAUUCGAAGAGGACCCAGAACCGUUUGGUCGUGUCCGUGAUCAAAAUAUUAUAACCAUGUGUAAAGAUUUUAAUAUCGAGGUCAUCACUAGAGCAUCACAUACGCUCUAUCAUCCACAAAAAAUCAUCGAAAAGAAUGGCGGCAAAGCCCCACUGACGUAUCGCCAGUUUCAAAACAUCAUUGCUUCAGUGGACCCACCACCCCCACCGGAAGCGGACAUUACCUUCGAAACUAUUGGACGAGGUUAUACACCUAUCGAUGAAUCCAUAGACGACCGUUUCAGCGUCCCCACAUUAGAGGAAUUAGGUUUCGAUACGGACGGGUUAAUGACAGCUGUUUGGCGCGGCGGUGAAACAGAAGCGCUAACACGGUUAGAGCGUCAUUUAGAACGUAAAGCUUGGGUCGCGUCAUUCGGCCGCCCGAAAAUGACGCCGCAAUCUCUGCUGGCCAGCCAGACGGGACUUUCACCUUACCUUCGGUUCGGUUGCUUAUCAGUUCGCCUGUUUCACCAGCAACUCACCAAUUUGUACAAAAAGAUUAAAAAAGCGCAGCCACCGCUGUCGUUACACGGCCAAGUGCUUUGGCGAGAAUUCUUUUACUGUGCAGCGACGAAUAACCCCAACUUCGACAAGAUGGUGGGAAACCCAAUAUGCGUGCAAAUACCUUGGGAUUCUAAUGCUGAAGCCUUAGCCAAAUGGGCCAAUGGCCAAACGGGUUUCCCAUGGAUCGAUGCCAUCAUGACACAACUACGAGAGGAGGGUUGGAUACAUCAUCUGGCUCGUCAUGCUGUGGCUUGUUUUCUAACUCGCGGUGAUUUAUGGAUCUCUUGGGAAGAAGGCAUGAAGGUAUUCGAGGAGUUGUUGCUGGAUGCAGAUUGGUCUGUCAAUGCGGGCACCUGGAUGUGGCUGUCGUGCUCAUCCUUUUUCCACCAAUUCUUUCACUGCUAUUGUCCCGUCAAGUUUGGGAGGAAAGUCGAUCCCAAUGGGGAUUUCAUCAAAAAAUAUCAACCUAUACUGAAGAACUUCCCUUUACAAUACAUUCACGAACCGUGGAAUGCACCGGAAUCCGUUCAGAGAGCCGCCAAAUGCAUAAUAGGAAAGGAUUACCCAUUGCCUAUGGUGAAUCAUCUAGAAGCAUCGCAGUUGAAUAUCGAGCGGAUGAAACAAGUCUACCAGCGACUUACCCAGUACAGGGGAACUGGUGUAAUGUCUCCGACUACCAAAAGUGAUAACGGUGUCAUCCACAAUGUCGGAAACAAGAACAAAAGGGAAAACAGCCAUGCAAAGCAAUACAGGACUGAAGAGCUGCGGCAGAACAGUGCCCAGAGAAACCAGUCCAACCUGAACUAAAGUUCAAUCCCACACACAAACAACAAUUUUCAAAAGACUCGUCAGGGAUCUCUCUCUUCAAGGUUCUAGACCAUAGUCACAGUGUACAUAAGUAUAAUCUUUUUCUUUUUACGAUUCCAAAUUAUCUCUUUGAUUCGUUCGAUUUGCGAAAGUAAUUUGAGUAACGGGUGGAGCUACCAUGGAAACGGGGUAAUAAAAUAAGCCAAAUCUUGCGCACUUUUAAUGUGCCGCGUGUACAGACAUAAGAUAAUUUUCUUUAAAUUGGUUUUCUUUAAUUAUUUUUUCGUGCGUUGUCUAUAUCCUGCUAUUGAUAUUCUUAACAGAUUUUUUAUACUAUAACCGGCGUAUUAACGAAAUAACAA